GACAAAACUUGAAGAGCAGCACUUGAAGUAUGUGUGAUCAAGCUUGAAUUGAAUCACUUAGGCACCUGUCUGGGAUUGAUAUCCCCAAUCAAACAAAYAGAAAUUURAUCAAAAUGGAGAGACAUAGUACCAGAGGAACAUUCGAACGAAAUUUGUCCCAAGCCACCAGUACUGGAGAAGCAUAAGGAAGAAGUACAAGCAAAAAGACAGGGCAAGAAGCAACACCUGAGUUUUUGUGUAAAUAUUCUUUACUUUUAGCAUCCCUAUUGAUAGUAGUUAUUUUUUGCAGGCGCAUGGUGUCAUAGUGGUCRAGCCACGUAUAAUGAUCCCUGAUACGUACAGCAGAUAGUUGGGGAUUCUUGAGGUGGUGUCUUUCUAGAUGAUCCAUGACAUUAGCAGCCGCAAUGGUUGACCCUUAUUUUCCAAUACACCAAAACAAUCCGCCAGUAUAGUAGAAAGUCAUUGCUGCUCCUUCCCUUGAAUCAUGAACUGAUGCUGUAUGGUUUAGUCAAAUCGUAGAUGUUGGUGAUAGAGAUGGCGAAGAGGAUGAAAUCUCUUUGGAUGGCCUAGUGAACCUCCUGUAUGUAUUGUUAUCAUCAUUGAUUUUGCCGUGUUUAUUGUUCUUCCCAAUGCCACUCGUCCAGUAGAGCAUUUURGUCUUUGCAAACGCCGCGUCGCAGGAGCUAUCGUCCUCCUCUUCCGCCGGAGCAGGGAKGCCCUUGACGAUUCUCUCCAAUACCAAUUUUGUUCUAAGGACCAAUAGCGAAAGGUCUUUCCCGUUGCCACGAUGAUCGUCGCCGUUCAUAAUGUCCCCCAUCUCGGCAACGUGGUUCAUCUUGUGCAAAAACGUCACCCAGUCGUAGCUACCGCAACCAUUUUGCUGCUGCUGCUUUUGCCCAUUAGCUUCCAUUGUCAAUUCUAUCGCUGACAACAACGCGGCGUAGGCAAUAACGGCAGAUGGAACAGAAAGGAAACGGUCGUGUGCCAUGGCCACUUCAAUAAAGUCCAGAGCAACCUCUUCAACGGUUUCCAAUUGUUCUCGACGRUAUUGUUCGAUUGGAUCGAAUUUGUUUUGGCAUCCAUGCUUGGUGCUUACAUCGUCGUUGUCCAUAUCCCUUUCGCUCCCGCUAUCACCUGUACCUCCUUCGUCGUCAGAAAAUUGCAACAGCUCUAGGUAUCGCUGGAGGAAACAAUUGGCUGUCGGUGGAUUUAUUCUCCAGGAUAAGGCUCGCAGCAAUUCCUGCUCUUUCUGAAUGAUGUCGUCUUCGGUGAACUCACCAUUCCCGAGCUUGACGAGGCAACUCAGUUUUACAACACGCACGGUAGGGGAAUCGUAUACCUUAAGUGCAAGGUGCAGAGAUGUCAUAGCGCAUAGUUGGUAAUCCCGCGGUGACUUCACCAACGACGACGACGAAGAUGAGGAAGCCCAAACAGCAACGUCUAAAUAAUAUACCGCCGCAGCAGUUGCCUCGUGCUUUAGCUUACAGUAUUUSACCAGGAUGUACAUCCACUCGACUAUUUGCUUUCUCCACAUCCCACGAAAUAUUUCAGGCAGACAUUGUGCGUUGGGACGUUUGUAAACRGAAUUCUCCAACGAUUUCAUCGUUCUCAAAACAGUAGUUCGUUCGUCGACGCCAUCGGUGUCGUCGUAAUGGUAAGAGGGAGUACUGCUGGUCGUGUUAACACCUACACUAUACAUGCUUUGGCCGAUGCGGCAGCUGCUGCUGCUGUUGUGGGAAGAAUCAAUURUUGUGCUACAAUGAUUCAUGGUGUAGCAAUACAAAGGAUACAAGCGGGGAUUUUCAACUGUCAGAGUUGUACCGGUAAGGUGAUACRAGGGCGUGAAUAUUGUCGUGUACUCUCUGCUUCCGGAAAGCACGAAUAAGUAGGAAAUUUUGCUCGUAACGUGACGAAUUCGGAGAAUAUUAGUGAAGURAAGUGAGGAUAAAUGCGUCUACCGUCAGCCGUACGUUCGGUACAGUACUUCUGAGUUCUGRAUAGUGAAGCAGGUUUGAAAUCGAGAAAAAGUCGAGAAGAGAGUUUUUUAAUGCUUCAAUAAUGAGUGCGUGGUCGCAAACGAUUGGACAGCUUUGAGUCUCCGGGUUUUCGAGUUACAGUACCGAUAAAAUUAAUCGUCGUUUUCAUUUCGUCUUCAGCUUUCGUCUGUUUGCAGCUGACCAGGUAACAAGGAAAGAUGACGACGAUGGCAACUCCGACGAUUCAACCGUGCGGUACAGUUCUUACUUACAGUACAAGUACUUGUACUUCCUACAACCUUAACUACUGUGCUCCUUAGYKUACGGUACGCUACUAUUGUCAAUCUUCCCAGACGUACCUACGGUCCUUACCGUAACCUUGGAUUCAAUGGAGGGAGAGAGGGCAAUUGAAAAAAUGAAUUCCAGCCUGCUUUUUUAUCUAGAUAUUACUAGUAUGUACCGUUAGCUUUUCGAACAACCUUACAGUACUGUACCUAUGUACUUUUACUUUGUAAUCGCUCGAAGUCAUCCACGAAUGAAAUUCUGAUUUUUUUGAGUUUUCUGGGGAAGAGAGAAAAUUACGUACGGUACGUACUAAUAGUACCACUACCGUACUGUGUAGCACAGUAAUGUUUUGUCGACGGAGUCGAGAUAGUCAAUCGGCAUUCGGUACAAAUAAACCUUAACUCGAAUGAUUACGAAUAUCUUCCACKAAGGGCAGCAGGAUUUUCGAAGAUGGAUGGUUUACUUAUGGAUCUUGAUUUGACGCUUCCUUCUCUUUCUUGGGUAUUUAUCGAAACGGAUUUUUGCCAUCAAACUCAUAAUUGAGCCAACACCGAGACAGCAGAAGAACAUGGUUGUAGCAUAAUCAAUGCACUCAUAAAUUCGCAUCCAACACRAAACAAGCCAUGAACAUUCUAACAGUGAUUAUUGCGUUGACUGCGAUCGUAAUUGUACCACCAUCGAUUCAUGAUCGAGCACAUGGAUUCGUUCCAUCGUGCCCAUCCCGAGUGUUUUCGGGAGCCACAGGUACGUUCGGGAGCAGGAGAAGGACUGAUUCACCGAUGCUGUGGUACGCCGAAUCUCCCAUCAGUUUAGCAGAAAUGAAGGCAUCRGAAAUGAAGAAAGAACUAGAAUCCUACGGAAUAUCAACAAAAUCGAUGUUUGACAGGAAGGAUUUUGAAAAGGCUCUAGAGAAGGCAAGACAUGAUCAACCGGCAAAAUCUGGGCAAGCAACAAGCGACAACAAAAAGCAAUCGUCAAAAGCACCGUUUUCUACAACCGAUGGUACAACGAGUUACGCAAAAUCAAAGAAGGAGAACGGUGCAAAGACACAAGGAGAAAAAUGGUCCAAGAAGUGGAAAAAUUUGGAUCCUAAUGAAAAGGAAGCAUGGAGUCCACAUGCAGAUAGUUCCUCUAGUAAUCAUUCCUCGAAUGCACCCAAAGAUGAAUYAUCGGAGCCAUCAGCCUCGCCAUCGACUUCAGCAUCGACAUCAACAUCGACAUCAACGUCGACUGGAGAGGACGGUGGAAGCACCCGCGAAGAACAAUACGAAGCUGCCCUSGAAGAGGGAAAAASUAUGACACUUUCUAAUUUGAAAAAAGARCUGAAAGAGAGAGGGAUUUCUACGAGUUCUUUCUUCGAGAAAUCGGACCUGAUCAAGGCUUAUGCAAACGCAAUAGCAGACGGCGUUGGAGUAAAGACAUCUACCAACAACGACAGCGAGGAGAGUUAUGAUCCAUCCUACCGAGAUGUAACUACAGUCGUUUUUGAUCCAACGAACCUUCUCACGGGAAGAGAAAUGAUCAUUGACAUCACCGAUAGCAUGAAUUGAGCGAAGCAAGUAAAUGAUGCAUAGUUGAUUUUGCAUAGUACACAUUCGAAGAAGGUCGCGAAUCAGAUCCAACAGCAAGAACAGUUUCAUGAUAAACAAAUGCAAURACACUUUUUCAAGACCUUUUUUGUCCACGUACUUUCUCUUGUUUGGAAGGUUUCCGCUUGCUCCCUGUUGCACCUGUUUUUCUUGUCGACAUCUAUGGGAUGUGCGACUUGCAACAAGCCCGUAACUCGUUCUGUUCCUUGCCUGACGAUAGUUACAGUAAGACAGGAGUACUUCUAGUACCUUCCGARAUGCCUGCCACUUUUUGUGAAUUUAACCGGACUAUCGAUUAGUCUGUACGUCGUCAGUUGGAACAAUUCAACGCGGUAUUCACUCAUUCAUGUGAGGAUAAAUCACGAGUAGUCAG